GCUGGGGGAGGAGACUGACAUGGUCGUAUAGAUAGGACAAAUAAACUAUCGACAGGAGGGGGUGGGCGGAAGCAGAAAAAGGAAAUUCCCUUCUGUCUUUUCCUUUCCCCUUCCUCAGCAUCUUGCGCUGCGCAGUGUUUGCGACACCACCUGGGAGCUGUGCGCAUUUUCUCGCUGUCUGAAGCGACCAGAGAGCGAAGAAACACUGCUGCCUGCAAACCAAGGAAUAACCAUUGCGGCUUUUUUCCCCUCUCAUUUUUAAAGCUUUUUUUAUAUAUAUAUAAAAAAAGAAGAAAAUAAAUGCACUAAUGUGGAAGCAAAGGCAAAACUGAUGCCCGCUCCAAACAGGAUAUUUGACCAGGCUACAUUCCGUUAUUAUACUGAAACACAUUUUCAUCGCUCUGCAGCAUUUUUUCAUUGGUCUAUUUCAGAAAUAAUUGCUGCGGACUGAGCAAACAGCUUUCAUUGCCAGUUGCCUGUUACAUAACCGGGUGGCUUUAGCUGUCCAAGGUGCUGAACUGACCGCUCCGAACCUAUAACGGAACAAGCCGGGGGGGAAUUCUCAACCUCGCAAGGUCACAGGCCUAUAUCAGUCUGGGGAGGAGAAAAGCACGAGAUCCGGUCACAGAACCACCGGGACACCGCUGGGUUUUAUUCAAGUCUUUUACAUCGUAUCGUGGUCGAGAGACACCCCGUUUUCCUGAGCUGGUCGAUUCGGCGGAGAGAAAAUGUCGGGGCAGACGCUCACGGAUCGCAUUGCCGCUGCGCAAUACCAGCUAACGGGAUCAGAUAUGGCCCGCGCUGUCUGUAAAGCCACCACUCAUGAGGUGAUGCCGCCUAAGAAGAAGCACCUGGACUACCUGGUGUCGGCCACCAAUACCACCAACGUGAACAUUCCUCAGAUGGCUGACACACUAUUCGAGCGAUCCACCAACGCCAGCUGGGUGGUCGUCUUCAAGGCCCUCGUCACCAGUCAUCACAUGUGUGUCCACGGCAAUGAGAGGUUCAUUCAGUAUUUGGCUUCUAGGACCUCCUUGUUCAACCUCAGCAAUUUUAUCGACAAAACUGGCUCUCACGGCUAUGACAUGUCCACGUUCAUCAGACGGUACGGACGAUACUUGAAUGAGAAAGCGUUCGCCUACCGCCAGAUGGCUUUUGACUUCACCAGAGUCAAGAAGGGUGCUGAGGGCGUGAUGAGGACCAUGACCACUGAGAAGCUGUUGAAAGGCAUGCCUGUUCUGCAGACUCAGAUUGACACACUCCUGGAGUUUGAUGUUCAUCCCAAGGAGCUGAACAAUGGGAUCAUCAACGCUGCAUUCUUGCUUCUCUUCAAGGACCUGGUCAAACUGUUUGCGUCCUACAAUGAUGGCGUCAUCAAUUUAUUAGAGAAAUACUUCAAGAUGAAGAAGAGUGACUGUAAAGAGGCGUUGGAGAUCUACAAGAGGUUUCUGACUCGGGUGACAAAGAUUGGGGAAUUCAUGAAGCUGGCCGAGACGGUUGGAGUUGACAAAAAUGACAUUCCUGAUAUCAACUACGCUCCCAGCAGUAUUUUGGAGUCUCUGGAAACACACAUGAACGGUCUGGAGGAUACAAAGGGAGGAAAGAAGGGGUCACCAACAAAGGGAUCUCCGACAAACAACGUAUCUCCAACAUCGACUCCAGCCAAAUCUUCAAACGCUGUCCCUGCACUGCAGCCUCCUCCUGGGGAGAGUGCUGGUGCUGCCGCCGCCCCCUCUUCUGCUCCUGAGCCAGUCGAAGACUCCCUGUUGGAUCUGGAUCCUCUGUCCUCCUCGGGCCCCUCAGCACCAUCAGCUGCCCCCACAUCUUGGGGCGACCUUCUUGGAUCGGAAAUGGGCGACUCCUUGCUAUCUGAACCCACCCUCACAGCAGAGCCCGCCCCCUCCUCUGCAGCAGCGACACCCACUCCUGCAGCGGCAGAACCCGGGGUCUCUCUAGCUCCUCCCACUAGCACAGCAGCUGCCACCUCCCCUGGUGCCGCCAAUAUGGAUCUGUUAGGAGAUGCCUUUGCAACACCUGCUCCUGCCGCUGAGGCCUCUGCAGCAGCAGCAGCAGCAGCACCUGAGGGUGGGGCUGCAGCUACAUCUGCCCCAGCUGCCAACGCUGGAGCUGACCCCUUUGCUUCCUCAGAGGGAAACGUCAACGCGGCAUCCUCAGGUGUCGACCUCUUCGGCAUGAUAACUGUGGAGAGUAAUAACGCGGGUAGUUCCCUGGAUGCCUGUUUUAGCUCUGUGGUGCCCCAGUCCUCGCCCUCUCCUUCCCCCUCACCGCUCUUCACUUCUUCAUUCAGCACCAUCACCACCACUGCAACCAUUUCACCUCCCAUUGCCCCCAGCACUACCGACCCUACGACUGACCUUUUAAGCGAUCUCUUUGAUUCCAUGCCAGACACGAGUUUCACCAAAGCAGAGCCUGCGCCCAGUGUUGACUUGUUUACAGCAGCAGAUGUGUUCAUCUCCCCCGCCCCCCCAUCCAGCACUGACACAGGAGCCAUCAUGAACCUGUUUGGUGAGUCAACAGGAGGAGACGCAUCAGCUGCCGCUGCUGCUGCUCCUGCUGCCCCCGGUGCUGAGCUCAUGUCAGUAUUUGACGUACUAGGGGACGUCAUGAAGCCCACUGUGACUCCCCAAGCCGGCGAUGUUGACACCUCUAUGGCUAACAUGGCGAGUAAUCUCACGAUGGGAACCGCAGCAGCCCCUCAGGUAGCUCCCCCCAGUUGGGGUGCUCCCAUGGCCGGCGCUCCCAUGAUGCCCAUGGUGAGGCCAGGAUUCCCAGCCACCGGAGCAGCAGCCCCGGGAGCACCGAUGUCUCCUGGAGCGGCCCAGAGUCCCAGGAAGCCUCCACCACCGAGGAAUGCUCUGGAUGACCUCAAUAUCAAAGACUUCAUGUAGGCCGACUGAUCCGGAAACCCCCGAGGUUUAUUGUAUGUGGAGCUCCGUGGAUGUGGAUGUCUGCACUCCCCCCACUGCCUCCCCUCAGUCACGCCCCAGUCCUUCAGCCAACCAGCCAUCAAAUCUUACGAUCUUUGCCCUCUGACCUCCCACCAGCUGCGAUCCCCUAAAAACGAAACCUGCCCUCCUUAUCUAAUGUUGUAGCACAACUGUGAAUGUGAACCCUAGAUACAGAAAACAAGAUUCUGUUUACGUGUGUGUGGGUGUGUGUGUAAUUCGGUGUUAUCCUUUACUUAAUAUACCACUGGGAAAAAAAAAGAACAAAAAAAAAAAGAUAAAUGUGUAUUUAGAUUCACUCUGAAUAUCUGCAUAUCAGCUGACUUGGAAUGGUGGAUAUAUGUUGGUUUUUUUGCGCAUCUCCCAUAUGAGGACUGUGUUGUUAAAUGUGGACUGUGUUCAGUGUGUGUAACUUCACUGGCCAACCCCCCCUCCCCCCCCACCCCUCACCCCCGACUCUCCCACUCCAAACUAAUAUUGAGCUGUGUUUAUGUCAUUUAAGACUUGGUUGUUUCUAUAUCUGCCCGCCCAUCCAUCCAUCCUCCCACCAGUUGCUGUUUUUAAAAAUGAUUCUUAUCUGAAAACGACUCGCACUCCAAAUCUGGAUUCAUCACGGAACACGUGGAACAGUGUGCAGUUUCGUCUUCACUUUAUCUUUUUUUUUUUUUUUUUUUUGUAGGGAACUGUAUGGACCUGCGAAACACUUGUGAACUGUGUUCAAAUUGACAUAAUGCGUUUUAGACAAUUUUAAAUGAUUAUAGAUUAUACAUAUUUUCUUUAUUUUGAGAGUAUACAAUAUAUCAUAUAUUUUUUAUUUAUGUCAAGGUUGAAAAAAGGAAAAAAAGAAGAAGUCAAGACUCAAAAUCGUUCCCUCCUUUGAACAUGUACAUUUCAAUCUGAAGUCAGAGUGAGUAUUGAAUGGACACUUUGUCCCAAGUUUAUCUAUUGUUCCCUCUUCAGGUCUGGAGUGAUAUUGCAUUCUAGCAUGCAACACAAGUCCACCUGGGAUGUGUUCUGUGUCGCGCUCUCUAAGAGCUUUGUUUCAUCGACUCCGUCUCCACAAAAACUGACUAAACGUUAGGGUGGAAGUCAACGAGACGAGUUACGUGGCCUCAGACGCAGCCGUGGCCGGUGCAUUUGUUCAUUUACUGUUACUGGAACUGUCUUGGGGACUCAUUCCGUAAGAUACUCACGUUUAUGCUGAAUGUUCUGUGUGUUGUUUUCUGUUUUGUUUUUUUUCUCUCCCCCCCCC